AUGAGCUCGAAUCAGACCUCUGCAAGGGAUUCCCCCUCUGAUCAGCAUAAGGAAGACGAAAACCUCGAAAGACUUAAACGACUAGGCAUGCAAUGUGUGUCGCCUGGCUUUGGCAAGAUGGACGACCGCAUGUUGUCAACGAUCCAGCUAUCUAGAGACAUUGCUAAGGGACAGAAAGAGGUCAUUCACAAGCUCAGCGUCCGCCAAACAGAAUCCGUAAAAAUCCCAGAUUCUGGUGACGAAGUGGUACCCAAGCAUGUUGAACAAACGAACCAGGACGUGAAACCGUCGAGUCUCGACUCUUUGGAAAAGGAUGCCACGAAAAGUCGACUCAAAUCUUUGAAAAGAGCGCGAGUGCCUCCUCCGCUGAAUAUAGGAUCCAGCACCGCUAACAGCGAAGAAAAACUCCCCAGUUUUGCACAAAGCAGUAACAGUCAUUAUAUGGGUGCCAAGAGCGCUCCGGCCCACAUCACACGAUAUCCCAGAGGCAAAUCCAAGGUUCAGUACUUGGGACGUGCGUCACGUGCAGAGUCGCAGGCUCGAAAGAGGCCCAGAGUCAACCCCAGCUGGCCUCCCAUGAUGAACCCCGCUUUUACACCGUACGGUUAUUAUCAACAUCCUCAAACUGCUACAGUGCCAUACCACAUGGGCUAUGGUCCAUUUCAAAAUGCGUAUCAGGCUCCGUAUGUAAUGGCACCCGUGCCUUACGCCAUGAUACAGACGCCAUUUACGGAUCCAUCAGCAGCGCAGACUACGCUUCAGCAAGAUUUCGAAACAUACAGAAGUCAAAACCCAGGUGUUGGAACUAGGGAUUUAUUCGGAAACAAUGAGAGCCGCUGGGCGCCCAUUCAAGUGCAGCCCCAAAGUGCCAGGGACGAGUUUUUUGGAUCUAGAACCCAAAAACCGAGCAGGCAGAUGAAACGACCCUUUCAGAAAAAUGAGGCGGUUUCGGACGAGAACGAGAACGAGAACGAGAACGAGAAAGAAAAUGAAAAUGGGAAUGAGAAUGAGGACGACAGCGACAACGAAGAAGCUGAUUUGGCUAUUGAAGAAGGGGCCGAGCCUACAAGCACCAUGACUUCUCGGCUUGCAAACCUGACAACACUAGAUGGAGAGCUCCGGCUGCAUGACGAUAGCUUUGGGUUUUCGUUUUCGCUUCUGGAGGCUGCCACGGAUAAAAAAAUGUUCAUGUCGAUAUGCGAUAAAGUGUGGGAUGAAUUUCAGACUCUUUCAAAACGGGAGGGAUAA